CCCGCGGGCGGGGCUCGCGGCUCCCUGGCUCGCAGUGCCUGCCGGGAGCCACGUCUCCGAAGGCCGAUAGCUGCUUCGGGAUUGGCGUCCGGGCGGCUAUCUAGGGGCUGCUGGGAAGAUGGCGGACUCGGUGGCUAGCCGAUGAGGAGGCCGCGGGGGGAACCCGGCCCCCGGGCCCCGAGACCGACUGAGGGAGCGACCUGCGCAGGGCCCGGGGAGUCAUGGUCUCCAUCACCCAACUCCAUGCUUCGAGUCCUGCUCUCUGCUCAGACCUCCCCUGCUCGGCUGUCUGGCCUGCUGCUGAUCCCUCCAGUACAGCCCUGCUGUUUGGGGCCCAGCAAAUGGGGGGACCGGCCUGUUGGAGGAGGCCCCAGUGCAGGUCCUGUGCAAGGACUGCAGCGGCUUCUGGAACAGGCGAAGAGCCCUGGGGAGCUGCUGCGCUGGCUGGGCCAGAACCCCAGCAAGGUGCGCGCCCACCACUACUCGGUGGCGCUUCGUCGUCUGGGCCAGCUCUUGGGGUCUCGGCCACGGCCCCCUCCUGUGGAGCAGGUCACACUGCAGGACUUGAGUCAGCUCAUCAUCCGAAACUGCCCCUCCUUUGACAUUCACACCAUCCACGUGUGUCUGCACCUUGCAGUCUUACUUGGCUUUCCAUCUGAUGGUCCCCUGGUGUGUGCCCUGGAACAGGAGCGAAGGCUCCGCCUCCCUCCGAAGCCACCUCCCCCUUUGCAGCCCCUUCUCCGAGGUGGGCAAGGGUUGGAAGCUGCUCUAAGCUGCCCCCGUUUUCUGCGGUAUCCACGGCAGCAUCUGAUCAGCAGCCUGGCAGAGGCAAGGCCAGAGGAACUGACUCCCCACGUGAUGGUGCUCCUGGCCCAGCACCUGGCCCGGCACCGGUUGCGGGAGCCCCAGCUUCUGGAAGCCAUUGCCCACUUCCUGGUGGUUCAGGAAACGCAACUCAGCAGCAAGGUGGUACAGAAGUUGGUCCUGCCCUUUGGGCGACUGAACUACCUGCCCCUGGAACAGCAGUUUAUGCCCUGCCUUGAGAGGAUCCUGGCUCGGGAAGCAGGGGUGGCACCCCUGGCUACAGUCAACAUCUUGAUGUCACUGUGCCAACUGCGGUGCCUGCCCUUCAGAGCCCUGCACUUUGUUUUUUCCCCUGGCUUCAUCAACUACAUCAGUGGUACGCAGCCAGGAUGGCUGGCUGGGCCCGAGGGCUGGAGAGGCAGGGGAGCAGGGUGGCCUGCAGCCCAGAGCCCCAGUCCCCGCCUCCCCACAGGCACCCCUCAUGCUCUGAUUGUGCGUCGCUACCUCUCCCUGCUGGACACGGCCGUGGAGCUGGAGCUCCCAGGAUACCGGGGUCCCCGCCUUCCCCGAAGGCAGCAAGUGCCCAUCUUUCCCCAGCCUCUCAUCACCGACCGUGCCCGCUGCAAGUACAGUCACAAGGACAUAGUAGCUGAGGGGUUGCGCCAGCUGCUGGGGGAGGAGAAAUACCGCCAGGACCUGACUGUGCCUCCAGGCUACUGCACAGACUUCCUGCUGUGCGUCAGCAGCUCUGGUGCUGUGCUUCCCGUGAGGACCCAGGACCCCUUCCUGCCAUACCCACCAAGGUCCUGCCCACAGGGCCAGGCUGCCUCUAGCGCCACUACUCGAGACCCUGCCCAGAGGGUGGUGCUGGUGUUGCGGGAACGCUGGCAUUUCUGCCGGGACGGCAGGGUGCUGCUGGGCUCGAGGGCCCUGAGGGAGCGGCACCUAGGCCUGAUGGGCUACCAGCUCCUGCCGCUACCCUUCGAGGAACUGGAGUCCCAGAGAGGCCUGCCCCAGCUCAAGAGCUACCUGAGGCAGAAGCUCCAGGCCCUGGGCCUGCGCUGGGGGCCUGAAGGGGGCUGAGGGGAUGAUGUGGGGUUCAGGAUGGCCCCCCCAUGGGGGGUGGAUGAUUUGCACUUUGGUUCCCUAUGUUUUGAUUUCUCAUUAAAGUUCCUUUCCUUCCCCGU